GCGCACUGGAUCCCUGAAUCCAGUUGAAGACUUCUUUUACCCAAAUUUACCAGUGGAGGUUUUAGGGAGAUUAAAUUCUUGCUCAUUUCGCACUUACAGGCCGUCGUCCAGAAGAUUUUGGUCGAUCUUGAAGAAGACGAAGCAUAGAUCUAUCCCGUCGCAAGAAAAUGUCAACAACGAAACCUAUUUCGAGCCCCGUACCCAAUGUUUGGUACCCUACGCUUUCAUUUUUCAUGCUCGCGAUCGGCCUCGCAAUCACCGCUUCUUUCUUCAUCUACGAGGCCACUGUAUCAAGAAAAAACCGCAGCCUUGGGAAGGAGGUGACAUUGGGUGCAGUUGCAUCUGUCUUCUUGGGUUUUGGAUCAUUGUUCUUGCUUCUGGCCUCAGGUGUUUAUGUUUGAUUCUUAAACCCUAGAAUUUAUUUAUAGAAGAACCAAGAUGAGAUGUGUAACAAAGGCUGCAAUGGUCUAAACUUUGUACAAUGAGUUGUCUCGCGGUUUCUUUUUAUUUUCUCGGAACUUUUCUAGCGAUUUGAACAAGGGUUAGGAAGAAUUAGUUUCAAAUGUCUACUAUUAUUGGUUAUGAAUUGAUAGUAUGGGUGGUUCAUAUAUAUGUAAUGCUUGUGUGAGAUU